AUGGCCUGUGAUUCAUCUUAUGGACCAGUAUUAAAUAAUUCUGCAUGUAGUCAGAUGAGAGGAGAUUAUAUUCAAUGUGCCAAAUUGACUGAAAUAUGUUAUGAUUCAAAAAAUGUAACAGAUUGCGUAACUGCUGAAAAUUGUUUUUAUGGAAUAUUCCAACUUUAUAAAACUUCUAAUAGAAGUAUGUAUGAUAUAAGAAAGCAUUGUGAUGAUGAUUUGUGUUAUCCAGAACUCCAAGAUAUUGAGAAAUAUUCUAAUCGUGAAGAUGUUAAAACUGCAUUGGGUGCUAAUCCUUCGUUGGUCUUUCAUGUUCGUAAAGCCGAUGUUGGCAUUAACUUCUAUAAUUCUGGCGAUUGGAUACUUCCCUUUGACAUAUAUGUUUCAUCGCUCUUGGAAAGCAAUGUUCGAGUAUUAAUCUACGCUGGCGAUGCUGACCUUAGAUGUAAUUGGUUUGGUCUUGACGCAUGGACAAAAGCGCUUAAAUGGAGUGGCACAAAAGGUUUUAAUAAUGCUAAUGUUACUCGUUGGGUAACGGUUACUGGUACUCAUUCUGGAGAUGUUAGAACAUUUAAAGAACUUACAUUUCUGAGAAUUUUUGGAUCAGGGCAUUAUGUACCUCAUGAUCAGCCAAUUGCAAGUUUAGAUUUCUUUAAUAAAUGGAUAUUCAAUAAAUAUUUGUAA